AUGCCGCCGGCGUUCGCGGGCCUAGCUGCGGAACUGAGCGCGACGCAGCCAUGCUUCGGCGCACACGGAGACAGUGUCGAGAUGCUUGAGGGGCCUACCGUGUUCCACGACCGCCUACUCGAGAUGGUGCGCGGGGCGCAGCGCCGCAUCCUCAUCUCGACAUUAUAUAUCGGGACGGAGGAGGAGUCCUUGGUGGACGCUGUCACGACUGCCCUCGCAGCGCGCCCCGGUGUGCGUGCGACGUUCGUGCUGGACUAUAACCGCGCUACACGGCCGGGCAAGGGCACACCGGCGAGCACGGUCGACAUGCUCAUGCCCUUGCUCGAGCGAUUCGGCGACCGCGUCGACGUGUGGCUCUACCGUUCGCCCAAGCUGCGGGGACUGCUCGAAAGUCUCGUCCCACCACGCUUCAACGAGGGCUGGGGCACCUGGCACGCAAAGUAUUACGCCGCCGACGACGACGUCAUGCUCUCCGGCGCAAAUCUCGCUGCUUCAUACUUCACGAACAGGCAGGAUCGGUACAUCCAUCUCGCGUCGCAUCCCAGUCUCCUCAGCUACCUGAACAGCAUCACCCGUCUGGUCUCAGACUACAGCUACAAGGUGGUGUCGCACGCGCGGCCGGGCGCUCUGGGCGAGCACGGUGUGCUUCUGCCUCCCGGCUGUGCCCCGGUUCCGGUCGGCAAGCGUGGCGCAUCGACGGCCAGCGGGCCAGGCGCUGUGUGGCGCGAGCGCUCGCUUCCUCCCAGAGGGUGGGCGGGACACGCAAACGCGACACUCGGCGCGUUCCAGCAGGCGUGGCGGGCUAGCAACGGGGUGCGCACGCGCGACGCUGCCGCCCGGGGUGCCGAUACGUGGUUCUGGCCGGUGCUGCAAGCCGGCGUCCUCAACAUAGGAGAGGAAGAGCGCGCGAUGGCGGCAGUUUGGGCUGCCAUCCGCAAGGCACACGAGGCUGGCGAGAAGGUCGAAGUCGAUCUCACGAGUGGUUACUUCGGGCUGUAUGCAGCCUACAAGCGCGCAGUUGUCGACUCACCUGCACCUGUACGGGUCAUCGCUGCGUCACCGAAAGCAAACGGCUUCUACGGGUCCAAAGGCAUAUCGCGCCUCAUCCCAGAAGGAUACACGCUACUUGAGAGCAGAUUCUACGCUGACGCGGCUGCCCACGGUCGCGUUGGACCCGGUGGUGUGCGUUUGCAAGAGUGGGAACGUAAAGGGUGGACAUACCAUGCCAAGGGGAUGUGGGUGUCCGAGGCGGAGGAGGGCGAGACAGCCGAGCAAGCCGUUGAGCAUCCUUUCCUGACAUUCAUCGGCUCAUCCAAUCUCUCGACACGCUCCUUGCAGCUCGACACCGAGUUGUCGUUGCUUUUGGCGACGAGCAACAAGCCUCUGCGCUCAGCCCUCGGGCAGGAGUUGUCGCACUUGCGUGAGCACGCGCAUGAUGUCGGGCCAGCGACGUGGGCCACGCCCGAGCGGCAUGUGAGUCUGGCGAGCCGUGUGCUCGUUGCGCUCGGGGUGGAAGGGAUGCUGUAA